CAAUGGAAAGACACUUCGUUUCGUACCAAAUAGACAUGUUUCUUCAUCGUAACCAAGAAAAAGAAGUCUUGACAAACACAACGAUAAGAUCUUGCGGGAAAAAAAAAGAUUCCAUGUUGAAAUCGAGAAACCAGAAGCAAAAGCUGUCUUUGAUGGUGUCCUCUUUAUGCCUGACAGUUCUUAACCCACCUCCCCACCUGCUGCAUACGACUCGAAAGACAUGGAAUUUGGUUGGUAGUGAAUUGAAAACCCACAUCAUUAUCAAUGGCUUCUUUGUGGCCCCCUUGACCUUUUCUCACAUUUUUUUGUGUUUGUGAGGGUGGGGGUUUCUUCUCGUUUCUCUCUCCACUCCUUUAAAUGGGUUAAGAAAAGGGAAUCAUAGCAGUUGAUGGUUUCGUGUUUUUCUAAUUUAGGGUAACUGACACUCUAUAGAAUUUUCAAGACCCAUGUAAGGGAAUUUGCUUGUUUUUCACUUGGGAAUUCUCGAUUUCUACCGAAAUUUGUGUGUGCGUUUGUGUUGGGUUUGGUUUGGUUGAUUGUAGAAGAUGCCAAGACCUGGGCCAAGGCCAUAUGAAUGCGUGAGGAGAUCUUGGCACAGUGAUCGUCAUCAACCCAUUCGAGGUUCCAUCAUUCAGCAGAUUUUUAGAGUCGUACAUGAAAAUCAUUGUACGGAUACUAAGAAAAACAGAGAAUGGCAAGAGAAGUUGCCACUGGUUGUGUUGAAAUCAGAAGAAAUCAUGUAUUCCAAAGCCAAUUCUGAGGCUGAAUACGUGGACCAGGAAACACUAUGGGACCGAGUUAAUGAUGCCAUUAACACCAUAAUUAGGAAAGAUGAAAGCUUGGAAACUGGUGAAUUCUUGCCCCCUUGUGUAGAAGCUGCCCUUAAUCUGGGAUGUGUUCCUGUAAAAACAUCAAGAAGUCAAAGAAACAGUAACACCCGAAGCUACUUAAAUCCAAGAAACCAAGAUCCCAUUGCCACAAAUGCUCGAAACCUGAACUUACCAAAUCAUGAAAGACCGAAUGCUGUGAAUCAAAUACAUACGUUUUCCGAAACUAAUAGGAAUUUAAGACAGAAUUACUCAAUAGCCCCUCCUGGUCCCUCCUUUAAUCCACCAUCCAUUGAAAAUUUCCCUAAAAAACCCAUCUCCAUUGAAAGUAAAGCUUCUUUAGCUGCAUCUUCGGUUUAUCCAUUAUACUAUGGUGUCAAUUUUCAACCUCAAAACCCCAGAUCAAGAUUUCAUACAACCCAUCAGAAUUCAAACACGAUAAUCAUGGGCACACCAGUUUUCCAAACAGUUCACGAGCCUUUGCCACCGAGUUUCUCAGAAACGCCAUUUUUGUUUAAUAGAGAUGAUAGCGGUUCAAAGAAAAUUGUUCACGAAGAACCACAACCAUCACCAGUAGAAUGUGAUUUAUCUCUAAGGUUGGGGAAUUCAAGCAAUUCCUGGGGCAGGCCUCAAAGUAAGGAGUUCUCUUUUUUUCCUUUGAACUCGGAGGGUGAACAAGUUCGGAAUUUGGUGCCAGAUUUUGGGAAGCGUAAGGCAGCGGCACCUGUUAAUAACAAUGUCGUAGACGGUGGACGGCGGUUGUUGCAAUUAGAGCCCGAUUUCAACCAGAAAAGAAGAGGUCUUUAGAUAUAUUAUUUGGUUGAUUCUAUUGCAUUUUGCCAAUUUUUGAAAAGAAAAGAUCAGUAAAAAUCUUGACUGCCCGAGUAAUUGUGUUUUCAA